AACAGUCGGAAAAUAGAUUUUAAAAUGUCGGUGUUGAAUGUUUUGAAAAUCACGCUUUACUUUUUUGGUAUUUGGACCUGGAUCCGUUCUGUGGAAAGUUGGAGUCAGACCUACGAUUAUAAAAGUAUCGCAGUGAACAAUAAUCCUGGCAAAGUGUUUGUCCCCAAUCUAAAGCUUGUGGGUCGUAAACGAUUGAUUAACGGUACGAUUGACAUUCUCGAGGAUCUUGAUAACGAGUAUCAGAUCUCGGUGGAAGUUUUCUCAAACGCCGCUGGAGCUGGCUAUAAGCAGAUGCCCCUGGAGAUUGCACCAUUGGCGGUCUGCACCACCUUGCGCAACUUCUACCAGAGGUUCAUAAAAAAAUCAUUUGUAACAGGAGUAACCACCGAUGUGGAUUUCGAAGAUGGAAAGCUGUGCCCGAUUCCGAAGGGAAACCACUAUUUGAAAAACCUGGAACUCGACAGCUCAGAUUGGGCCGUCAUUCUGCCCCGAGGCCUAAUCAAAGUGAGGCUGAAUGUUAUGAAAGUGGCUGAGUUUUGUGGCGGCUUUGAUUACAUUGUGGAGAUUAAGGAUAAACUAAUCUAAUAAAAAAAAAAAAUUUA